CAAGCUGGGGACCCAAAUGGACCCAGCCACGCAGAUCGUUGGAGUACCUUUUGUAACGGGAAUCAACAUCAUUAGAGGAUGGCUUGAGCGAGAGCACGUUGGCUCCUGGAGGGCGGUGGGAGGCUGCCGGACAGCUAAACGGCUAAUGGAGCAACCAUCGCCGGGGAGAGCCAGCGAGCUCCUGGCCAUGAACAGACCAAGGCUGAAGGUGGGAUUGGGUCUUCUUACGGGACACAUCACACUGAGGAGCCAUCUAAACAAACUUGGGCUUACGGAACAAAGUGACUGCCGCCUAUGUGGUGAGGAGAGAGAGGACAGCACCCACAUUUUAUGCCGGUGUCCUGUACUCACAUGCAAAAGGUAUAGAUCCUGGGGCUGCAUGUUCAUGGAGCCUGAGGAUCUAAACGGAAAAAGGGUUAGCAGCUUGAUUGACCUGGCGUCAGAUACUAGGCUGGGUUUAUUAGCGUAAUCCUAAAAAAUAGCAGGAGGUCACAAUGGAACUUCUAGAUCUAGGUGACGUAAGGGCAUUAAAGUGCCCACCUGCUCCACUACUACUACUACUACUAC